AUGAGCCGGCGGCCCUGCAGCUGCUCCCUACGGCCGCUCUCCGGUUCCUGCCGCUGCAGCUACGGCGCCCUGACAGCCGCCGGGCGCCCUUGCCCCUCGGACGGUUGUAAAGAAGCAAGUUCCACUCUCUCUGUCACAAUGAAGUGUGAUUUUAACUAUAACCAUGUUCAUUCUGGAAUUAAACCAGUCAAGCCUGAUGACUGUAGAAGACAAGGUUCCUGCACUACUGCAUAUUUGGAAGGCUCUUCCAAAGACUGCAUUAAAGACUAUGAAAGGUUAUCUGAUGUUGGGUCCCCAGCUGUGAGCCCCAGGAUUGUAGAACUUGAAACUGAAAGCAAGCCGUUGCAUAACAAGGAAAAUCAACGCAUACAACAGACACUUGAUAGUUCCAAUGACAUACAAGAACUAGAGACCAGCAGAUGUUAUGAAGACAGUGGCUACUCUUCAUUUUCCCAACAAAGUGGCCUCAGUGAACAUGAAGACAGUAGCCUUGCCCUGGUGGAAAGUUUCAGUGACAGUCCACAAUGCUGCCUGCUACGGACACAAAGCCCAGACCAAUAUCCCAACAAAAACUUGCUGCCAGCUCUUCAUUUUGAAAAAGUGGUUUGUUCAACGUUAAAAAAAAAUUGUAAACGAAAUCCUAAAAUAGAUUGGGAGAAGCUGAAGGAAUUUAUAUCCAGUGGAAAUUUUAGACUACAAAAUAUAAUUGGUAGGAAAAUGGGCCUCGAAUGUGUAGAUAUUCUCAGUGAACUCUUUCGAAGAGGACUCAAACAUCUCUUAGCAAAUAUUUUAACACAACUCAGUGAGAUGGACUUAAUCAACGUGUCUAAAGUGAGCACAACUUGGAAGAAGAUUCUGGAAGAUGACAAGGUGGCAUUGCAAUUGUACAAUAAAGCAAUACAAAGAAUUACUGAAAAAAACAUUAAGUUUUCACCACACGCUUCGACCAGAGAGUAUGUUUUAUUCAGAACCCCUUUAGCAUCUGUGCAAAAAUCAGCAACCCAGACUCUCCCCAAAAAAGAUGCUCGAACUAAGUUACCUGAUCCAGGUGAUCAGAAAGGUUCUACUUACAGUCGACACAGUGAAUUCUCUGAGGUCGCCAAAACUUUGAAAAAGAAUGAAAGCCUUAAAGCCUGUAUUCGCUGUAAUUCACCUGCAAAAUAUGAUUGCUAUUUACAACGGGCAACCUGUAAACGAGAAAGCUGUGGAUUUGAUUAUUGUACAAAGUGUUUGUGUACUUAUCAUACCACUGAAGACUGUUCAAAUGGCAAGCCCCUAAAAGCCAGUUAUAAAAUGGGUCCUUUGCCUGGUACUAAGAAAAGCAAGAAGAAUUUACGACGAUUAUGA